CUCACAGCUUAAUUUGUACGAGUUCUAGAGAACUUGAUCGGUCGAUUAUUGGUAUGGCUCCGGCUCGAGCUUUCGCAGUUCUGUUGCUCAUAGCCGGCUGCUGGGCCUGGGCGACGUCCGCGGCGGCGGAUGGAGUCGCGACGAACUCAUCACCACCGUCGUCCGCUCCGGCGCCGGUCGUGUGGGAGAGGGCGCAUGCGACGUUCUACGGCGGAGCUGAUGCCUCCGACACCGUGGGUGGCGCGUGCGGGUACGGGAACCUGUACGCGCAGGGGUACGGCACGCGCACGGCGGCGCUGAGCACGGUGCUCUUCAACGACGGCGCGUCGUGCGGGCAGUGCUACAAGAUCGCGUGCGACCGCAUGACGGACCCGACGUGGUGCAGGCCCGGCGUCACGGUCACCGUCACCGCCACCAACUUCUGCCCGCCCAACUGGGAGUACCCCGAUGGCGGGUGGUGCAACACGGUGCGCCCCCACUUUGACAUGGCCCAGCCGGCGUGGGAGAAGAUCGGCACCGACUACCGCGCCGGCAUCAUCCCCGUCAUCUACCAAAGAGUCCCGUGCAUGAAGCGAGGUGGGGUGCGGUUCACCAUCUACGGGCACGACUAUUUCAACCUCGUACUCGUGACCAACGUCGCAGGAGCUGGCUCCAUCAGAUCCAUGGAUGUGAGGAGCUCCGAUUCGACCGAGUGGAUGCCGAUGGCGCGCAACUGGGGCGCGAACUGGCACUCCCUGGUGUAUCUCAGUGGGGAGAGGCUCUCGUUCAGGGUGACCAUCACGGAUGGACAGACACUGGUGUUUGCAAAUGUGGUGCCGGCGGGCUGGACGUUCGGCUUGACAUUGGCAAGCAAUUUGCAGUUCAAGUCAUGAUGAUUGAUGAGGACUUCGCUGGAUGUGGCUCUCGCUUGGAACACUUCAUCGCCGGCAACCUGAUUUAGGAAUUGUUGAAUUGGACUAAUUAAAGCCGC